CUCCCGCCCGCCGCUGACGGCAUCACCGCGGGCCCGCGCUGGGCUCCGCUCCGGUCCCCAUCCCCAUCCCUAUCCUCGGCCCCGCCGGCGCUUCCGCCCGCCCGCCGCUGACGGCAUCACCGCGGGCCCGCGCGGGGCUCCGCUGCCGGUCCGCUCCGGUCCCCAUCCCCAUCCCGGCCCGGCCCCGCCCUCGGGCGGUCACCGCGCCCCGGUGCCCGCGCUGCGGGAGGCCCUCCGGGGCCCGGCUCGGGUCCAGAGGGCGGCCGGGCCGUACCGGCGGGGGGGAACGGGCACGGAGCUGCCGCCACCCGCUCGGGCUCCGCCGGUGGCGCGGGGAUGCGCGGGGCCGGCGGGGCCGUGCGCGGGUUCGCGCUGCUGCUGCUGCCGCUGCUGCUGCCCCGGGCCGCCCGCGGGGCCGCGGUGUGCGGGCUCUGCCCGGGGCCGCCGCGGAACGGCUCCAUCGUGGCACGGUUCUGUGAGUCCCGGCACGACACCGAGAGCGACGGGCGCUGCUGCCGGGAGCGGGGCCCGUCCCCGGGGCAGCUUCUGGGGCUGGACCUGAGCAACUGCUCCCUGCAGAGCGUUCCCCCGGGACUGGCCGAGGCCACCACUGCCAUCAUCCUGGACCUGACUGAGAACCCACUGACAGCUGUCCCCAGUGCUUCCUUCCUGGGCUUCACCCACCUGCAGAGCCUCGCGGUGCCGCCGGCGCUGGAGUGCCCGGGCGGGAGUGACGCCUGGCAGCACGUGACAGUGGACAGGAGCAGCCGGCUGUGCCAGGGACAGAGGAACCUCUGCAACAGCUCCGUGCAGCUCGCCUGGCCGUGUCCUGAAAACUCCGUGUGUGCCCCCGACGGCCCCGGCCUCGUCCAGUGCCUCUGUGACAGUCCCUUCCAUGGCUACAAGUGCCUGCGUGAGGACAGGAGAGUGAACCUGUGUUUCACAGCAUCCUCCCCGCUCCGGCUGCGCUCGGGGCAAGGCGUGGAGGGGCGGGAGGAGCGCCCGCCCCGGGACCUGCCCGCCCACGGUCACCACUGCAGCCGUGGGGAACGGCGAUCGACCGGGAACCGGCCGGGCUCGGACCGCUGGGGGCCUGAGGGUUACAGCCGCGUUUAGAAAAACAACGGUACCAUAGCUCGAUUCUGUCAUUGACCAGCGAGACCAGGGGAGAGCGCGAACGCAGUCCCCCACUACCACAAAUUAUGCAGUCGAGUUUCCCGCAUUUGGGGAAAUCGCAGGGGUCAGCACACCCGGAGUGCAAGGGAUGAGCCUCGCCCUGGGAAAACCACCUGCCUGAUCAUGGUGUCUCCCCU